AUGGCCGUGAUGGAAUGGUAUUUGAUAAGUACUAACAAUUUCAUAGGAGCGGCAUGUGGAUACACAAACGUAUACAACCAGGGUUACGGGCAGGCGACGACGGCCCUAAGCACCGCCCUCUUCAACCACGGUGCGGCCUGCGGCACGUGCUACGAGAUCAUAUGCGUCAACGCCCCACAAGCGUGCAAGCCCGGCAAAAUCCGCGUGACGGCCACCAACUUCUGCCCGCCCAACUACACCAAAACCACGGACAUAUGGUGCAAUCCCCCUCAAAAGCAUUUCGACCUGGCCAUGCCCAUGUAUCUCAAGAUCGCCGAGUACAAGGCCGGAGUCGUCCCGAUCGUCUACCGGCGCGUCAAGUGCGGGAAGACCGACGGAGUCAAGUUCCUGAUGGGCGGGAACAAGUACUGGACGCUCGUCCUCGUCUACAACGUCGGAGGGGCCGGGGAUGUCAAAUCCGUUCGGAUCAGAAGCUCGGGCGCCUCCAGGUGGACUCAGAUGACUCGUAACUGGGGCCAGAAUUGGCUGCUCGUUGGCCGAAUCCUGCUCGGGAAGGCACUCUCUUUUGAGGUAACAACUAGUGAUGGCUCUGUUGUCCAGGCGAUUAAUGUCGUUCCUAGCAACUGGAAUUUUGGCAUGACUUUUGAGGCCAAAAAAAUUUUUCAUUAGUAUCAUUUUCCACUCCUUUUUUCCCAAUAAAAAUUAGGUUUUUAUUCUUGUUACACUUUAUAAUUCUUGCAUUUUCGAGAAAUGAAUUUUUGUUAUUGUUUCUUGGUGAUUA